UUGUUGUUCUGCCAACAUGGCGGCGCCCAUGAAGCCAGGCCGGGCAGUGUACACGUAAAGGUUUGGGGAACGAGACGUAGAGGAGCUGCAGGCCAGAGCCUGUGAGCAGGUAAAUCCCUGCCGGAGCUUAGCUGGUCGAGAGAAGAGGCUACACUGAUCCCUCCCCUGGCCAGGAGGACCCGAUUUGCUGCGGGCAACAAGGAAGGGAGGCGUCCUCAUCGCAGCCGAGGAGAAAGCAUGUGCCUGGGAGGGAGUGCUGGGCUGUGCUGACCAGAAGUCCUUGAGGGUCCCUGGCCCCAGCCUCUCCAGCGCCCUUCAGGAAGAAGCAUGGGGUCUGCCUGGCCCAGGCUGGGCCUCUGUGCCUCACUUCUGCCAAGGCAGCUGAAUGGUGGCUCCAAUGUCUUUGGGUGGAAGCGGAAAGUGAUUCCAGGAUGGACCAGAACCAUUUACAGUGCCACGGGCAAGUGGACGAAAGAGUACACGGUACAGACGAGAAAGGCUGUGGAGAAAUGGUGGCAUCAGCGGAUAAAGGAACAGGUCUCCAAAAUUUCGGAAACUGAUAAAUCAAAGCCCAAGUUUUACCUGCUCUCCAUGUUCCCCUACCCCUCGGGCAAGCUGCACAUGGGCCAUGUGCGUGUCUACACCAUCAGCGACACCAUCGCUCGGUUCCAGAAGAUGAGAGGCAUGCAGGUCAUCCACCCCAUGGGCUGGGACGCAUUCGGGUUGCCUGCCGAAAAUGCCGCCAUAGAGAGGAACCUACACCCACAAAGUUGGACACAAAGUAAUAUCAAGCACAUGAAGAGCCAGCUUGACCAACUGGGCCUGUGCUUCAGCUGGGACAGGGAAAUCACCACGUGUUUGCCGGAUUACUACAGAUGGACUCAGUACCUCUUCAUUAAACUCUAUGAAGCCGGACUGGCCUAUCAAAAGGAAGCCCUGGUCAACUGGGACCCGGUGGACGAGACGGUGCUCGCCAAUGAGCAGGUGGAUGAGCUGGGUCGCUCCUGGCGCUCAGGCGCGAAGGUGGAACAGAAGUUCCUUAGGCAGUGGUUCAUCAGGACUACUGCGUACGCAAAGGCCAUGCAGGACGCGCUGGCCCAGCUUCCCGAGUGGUACGGCAUCAAGGCCAUGCAGGCACACUGGAUCGGGGACUGUGUGGGCUGCCACCUGGACUUCGAGCUGAAGGUAGACGGGCACGACGCUGGAGAAAAGCUGGCUGCCUACACGGCCACCCCUGAGGCUAUCUAUGGCGCAUCCCAUGUGGCCAUCACCUCAUGCCACAGCCUCCUGCAGGGGCACAGCCCCCUUCGAGAAACCUUGCGAGGGGCACAGGUGCCCGGCAAAGAUUGCCUCACUCCUGUGGUGGCUGUGAACUUACUGACCCGACAGGAGGUCCCCAUUGUUAUCCUGGCCGAAACUGACCUGGGAGGCUCUCUGGAUUCCAAAAUAGGAAUUCCCAGCACCAGCCCGGAGGAUGCCCGGUUGGCCCACGCCCUGGGCCUGUCCUACUCCCACGUCAUUGAAACCCUGCCCGACGGCACAGAGAGGCUGAGCGGCUCUGCUGAGUUCACAGGUCUGACCCGGCGGGAGGCCUUCCUGGCCCUCACGCAGAAAGCGCGGCAGCUGCGCGUGGGCGGCCACGUGACCAGCGACAAGCUGAAGGACUGGCUGAUCUCGAGGCAGCGGUACUGGGGCACGCCCAUCCCCAUCGUCCACUGCCCAGCCUGCGGCCCGGUGCCAGUGCCCCUGGAGGACCUGCCCGUCACCCUGCCCAGCCUCACGUCCUUCACAGGCAAGGGCGGCUCCCCGCUGGCCACGGCUUCCGAGUGGGUGAACUGCACCUGCCCGAGGUGCCAGGGAGCUGCCAAGAGAGAGACGGACACGAUGGACACUUUCGUUGAUUCCUCGUGGUACUACCUCCGGUACACUGACCCCCGGAACCCUCACAGCCCUUUUGCCCGCGCACUGGCUGACUUCUGGAUGCCCGUGGACCUGUAUGUCGGAGGGAAGGAACACGCCGUCAUGCACCUAUUCUAUGCACGAUUCUUUAGCCACUUUUGCCAUGACCAGAAGAUGGUCAAACACAGGGAGCCUUUUCACAAGCUGCUGGCCCAGGGCCUCAUCAAGGGACAGACCUUCCGCCUGCCCUCCGGACAGUACCUGCCACGGGAGCAAGUGGACCUCACAGGUGGCGUCCCUGUUCACUCGGACACGCGGGAGCCGCUGGUGGUGUCCUGGGAGAAAAUGAGCAAGUCCAAGCACAACGGCAUGGACCCUGAGGAGGUGGUGGCGCAGUACGGGGUGGACACCACACGGCUCUACCUGCUCUACGCUGCCCCGCCUGAGAAGGACAUCCUGUGGGAUGUGAAGACCGACGCCCUCCCAGGGGUGCUGAGGUGGCAGCAGCGCCUGUGGGCCCUGGUCACGCGGUUCAUUGAGGCCAGGACUUCCAGGGGGGACCCGCAGCCCACACCACUGAGCAGCGCAGAGGAGGCCGAGGCCAGGAAACUCUGGGAGUACAGGAACGCCGUCAUCGCUCAGGUGACCGCCCACUUCACGGAGGACUUGUCCCUGAACUCCGCCAUCUCGCAGCUCAUAGGACUCAGCAAUGCCCUCUCGCAAACCUCUGCCCCAGUCCUCCACAGCGCCGAGUUCGAGGAUGCUCUCUGCGCCCUGCUCGUGAUGACCGCCCCACUGGCCCCGCACCUGGCCUCGGAGCUCUGGGCAGGCCUGGCACUGUUGCCCCACAAACACUGUGCCCACUAUGCCUGGGACACUGAUUUGCUGCUGCAGGCCUGGCCUACGGUGGACCCAAAGUUCCUCCAGCAGCCGGACGUGGUGGAGAUGGCCGUGCUGAUCAACAACAAAGCCUGCGGCAAGGUCCCUGUACCGCAGCAGGUGGCCGGAGACCACGACCGGGUCCGGGAGCUGGUGUUGCAGAGCGAGCUGGGCGCCCGGCUGCUGCAAGGCCGGAGCAUCCAGAAGACCUUCCUGUCCCCGAGGACGGCGCUCAUUAACUUCCUGGUCCAGGAGUGAAAGUUCUGUGCAUCUCAGGGCUCAGCGAACCCGGGGUCAGGACGCUCACUGUCAUGCUGGGGUGACUGGAGCCACCACCGCAGGGGAGAUGGGGACAGGAGCUGCCCUGUCCCUGACCCCCAGACUGUGCCACAGUGCCGCAGCCGCCUGAGCCCAGGCAAAGCCACAGGGAGGCCCUAGGGUAAAGCAAUCCCGGAACCAAGGCAGCCUGGGCACCCUUGCAAGCUCUGGUGUGGUGUGUGCGUGGCUAUGACCCCCGCAGAACCUCUGGGGUGACCCACAGUCUCCCAGGCUGCCGGAAACAGCCAUGGGGCCACAUGCCGCUUGCGGGGCGCCCCCCCCCCCCAUGCUGGCAGGACACACAGACGCACGUGCACUGGGCAGAGCAUGCUCCUCCUGGGGCGUGAGAGCUGCUGUCCCAGCCCCAACUGGAGGAGCCACCACCGCCAGUGCAGCCCUAGAGUGGGUCAUUCUGGGGCUCACGCACCUCUUCCGGGUGUCCCCGUCCUGUGCCAGCUGCUGCGGACUGAUGCUGGGGACAGCCAGCAACAGGAACGGCCCGGUGCACACUGAGGCCAGUUCUGAGUUUAUGUGUGGUGGGCUGUGCUCCCCGGAACUGACCUAAGCCCCUGACCCAUCUGUAACGGGCAGCGGCGGAAGCUGGCCUUCGUGUGAUGCCAUCUGUUCUAACUCUGGGCCCGUUGGGAAGCAGCUCAGACGCGGUGCUCCAGCCGACCUUCUCCAUCUAAUAAAAUGUCCACCGCGCAUGAGCAGCCAUGGCCUCGCCAGCACCACUUGCUCUCUGUUCUGGGACCCGAUCUGGCACGCGCCACCGUCGAACAGCAGCGACACUCAGGGAGUUUCACGUGGGCACGGGCGCGGUGCUGGACCUGUCCCGGAGCCCUGUGAUCGCAGUUUAACUGACUGGGAUGCAGCUUGUGGACCAGGGACCCUGAAACUGCUCAGGUGUGGCUAGGGGUUGAGUGCUGCCUUGGGUCACGUGCUGCGCUUGCUCGAGGCCCAGGGUCACACAUGCAUCUCCACACAGUUCUGGCAGCUGUGAAGCUUGAGAAGUGGAUCGAUCCGCCAGCGCUUUCGUCCCAAUCCAGGACCAUGGCAUGAUGAAGCAGCACUGGGAAGGAGGGGACCUGAAGGAAAGCGGGCCGGGACCCCGGGGAGCGUCUGCACCACAGACACAGCGCUUGCAUGCAGGAGCAGAUGGGAGUAAACAGGAACCGAGGCGGGUGUGGGCCCAAGAGGGGUUCUGUUCGAUUCUCUUUUAUGCAAUGAUUUAGGUGCAUCUAGCCCCCGCUGCCCCAGGGCCUGUGUGGCCGAUGCGUCACAGGCAGGUGAGACGCCCACCGUGCCCAUUGCCAGGGUGAGGGGAGCCCCAGGCAGGUCCAGUGAAGGAAGCAGGGUGCGACGGCAGAGCCUGGGGCUGGAGCCCAGCCCUGGAAGCCCCGGCUCGCGGGAUGCAGGUCAUUUCCGGUUGGGGAUAUGAGUUGCCCAGGACGGGUGCCCAAGGUCACGACCGCCUCGUUAGGAGUCCGCCAAACAAAACGGAACCAAGUGCAGAGCAGAGAGCACUCUAGUUCGGGUUUUUUUGUGGUACUGGAGACUGAAGCCUGGGGGCGGACUCCACCCUCCCCUGGGCCCCCAGCCGCCAUCCUCAUGUUAUAAAUUUUAGGCAGGACUUGGACUUUGGGUCCAGCAGCCUCAGCCACCCAAAGUGCUCCACUGGCCAGCCAAAAAAUGGGUUUUCAAAAGCGUAUGAUGGAAAAAAACUUAGGAAAAUUUUCUCAUGAAUAAAAUGACACAGGCCAUGGAUACCAACCAUAAUUUAAAAAAAAAAAAUCCAACACUAUACAAAGAAAAACGAGAAGAGAUUUGCCUGUAGGUCACUGGGUGAGUAGGUGUCCCCCACGCCACACCCUCCAGUCCAGCUGGGGACACAGGAAAUGACACCUCCAACGCCAGAAGCCCAGUGUGCCGAUUUGUGUUCCCCUGAAUCGGAGAAUUAAUUCCAAGGACCAGGAGGUGGGGAGCAGGAAAUUGUUUUGAGGGAGGGACAGGUGGGCCUGAGUGGCCUCCCAGCGAGCCCAAUCUCAGCAGAGGUUUCCAGAACAAAAUCGCAAGUGAGGACAAUGUGAGACAGAACUGUAAUCAGCCAGUGAGGUCCCAAGCGUGGCCUCGUAGGUGACACUGAUCCAGGGGAAGCGGGUUAUGGAGCCAGCAUGUGGGAAAGGAACAGGAGGGUUUGCAGGUGCUGGUCACCCACCUGAGUGACUGAUGUCCAUCUAGACUUUACUGGACCGGGUGACACAGACUGUAGUCUAUUGCUCAUUACCCCUGGAGGCUUGCGGGCUUAUGCAUCUCGUGUCUGUCUUGAGGCCUGCCCUUUGCUGGAUGCCCUUCUGGUCAUGGUCCUCAGGCAUUCCUGUCCUCUGUGCUGAGUCCCUGUCCGGCUGCCUGGCCUCCUUCUGCCUAACUUCUCAGUGUGCACGGAUUUGCACUCCCCGAGCCUCCUCAGGAACAGAGCAGGUAGGAAGCAGCUGUGCUUCAGCCCAGGGUGGGCGGCCACCACCUCGUCCAUGCUGAUGCAUGGGGAGGGUGGGAGCUGGGGAGACCACCUAUGGGAUGUAGGACACCCCCCGGAAAGGCAGUCUGGGGGUAGGGGCUGGGAGAGUCCUGGUGCUCCUGGGGGCACUGCUUCCCUGUGACGGUGGCUCACACCUGUGUGUCAGCCAGUACCCUGGCUGUCCAAGGACCAAGCCCUGAGUAUCAUUGUUGUCAUCACCUGACCAAGGAUGAGUGUGUGGCCAGUGCUCGGAGGCCACACUCCUGCACCCUCGAGUUCAGUCCGCACCAGGGCAAGUCCUCCCACGGUCCCUGGAACUGGAUCAGAGGAACUGGGAUGCGGGUGCCUAGUCAAAGCCCUGGACUCAGGAUGACUCCGCCCUGUCUUAGUCACCCCAUCCUUACCCAGAGACCCAGACAGGCACCGGGCUGGGACACACCUCCCUGAGGUUUGCUGUGUCGUUUUUCUGUUCCUGCCAUGUUCCGGCUCAGACCUGCCCCUGGCUUUUCUUCCUGUGAUCCGUAAAUCUUGCUGCUUUUCAUGCACCCCUGAAUGUAUGCUUGCAGUUCUUCACUCACCAUGCACCAGACCCUGCAGCCCGUCUGUCAGGUGUACCCCACAGGAUCACUGGCAGGGUAAGAACAGCCGGCAUAAAUCAGCAGCCACCACUCAGCCAGAAAGGGAAGCCAUGGCCCUGUCUGGGGUGACCCUGUCUCCUCACAUGGUUCCACAACCAACCAAGAGCGCAUGCGAGAUGCAUGGGACAAGUUCCCUGGGGAGGAGGUGACCAGACAGGGGUCAUCUUUUGUCCUAGCAGCCAGGGGCUUUCCCCUCAAGUAACCAUGGUUUCCCAUGCCUGGGGUGGGGAGAGGGGUGGGUUUGGUACAGGCCCAAACCCAGAGCAACCCACUCGGGACCCCUUCUGUCUCUGCCUCAGACAGAAGUUUUCUUUCACUCAAAUGUUUCUGUUCUUUAAAAACAAUUCAAAUUUAAAGCUCAUUUGCUUAUUCCCUGUCAUUAGACUGCCACCUACUGGCAUGUAGUGGGAUAUCCUCUGCUAAAUGCCCAUUUGUCAACCAAGGGUUCUGAGAAAGCUGUCAGAGUUUAGGGGUUCUGGCAUGUAGAGUUACUAUGACUGGUAUGCACAGCCUGUCUGAUAUCCCUACCUGCCUCUGCGGGAAGUGUGAAGAUCUUAUCCGCUCCUCAUAGGAGCUCUGCAUCCCCAGCCUAACAGUGAAUUUACUCUGCUGCCAUUCAUCAGGCUGCUCUGCAGCUCCCGCGUCUGGCUGUCCUCUGAUAGGUUCCCUCAGCCCCACCAAUGGGCACAGCUUCCUCAGGUGCUCAGAGCCCACAUCUCCGAGGGUGGAGCCUGCAGCCCCCGCAGCAGGAAGUAGCCACUUGCAGACUUAGAUGGCAGCCACAAAUGACUGGGGGGAUUUGUGUCUGGGUGAGAGCAGGUGGUUCGGGCACGGCAAGCUGGCUGGACAUCUGGGCAGGUCCUGCUGAUCCUGAGACCUGUUCUCCAUGGCCGCAGUGCCCUGCAGUGCCCAACAUGAGGCAGCCUGAAGCUGACAUUGAGAGGAGGGCAGUGGCCACCAACCACAAGGCCACUGUUCCUCGCCCUUGCAGUUCCUACCCUGAUGCAGGCCAUGCUUCCUGUUUUCUUCAGAACAUUUCUUUUUCAUGUUUUUAUUCCUCUUUAGCCUUUAAUAAACAGUGAGGUUGAUGGGC